AUGAAUGCUUAACAAUACUAAUUAGAAAUUUGGAAUAUGAAAGUAGCUGUCAAAAUUAGUUUAUUACAUAGCAAUAUACCUUCUAUGUACAUUAUGAUUUAUAGAUAACAUUUUCUACUUUUUUACUUUCAAUAGAUAUAUAAUGUACAAAAAAAAUAUUUUAAUUUAGCAUUUUGAUUCCUACUGCAGCUAAGUUAAUAAGAUUAAUUAAAUUUCUUUACAAUUCAAAAAUGUCUUGUUGCCAUAUUAAAUACCUUUUGGAGUAUUAGUUGAUUAAUAUUAAAGUGAGGAUACUUUUACACCUUUAGAAUUAAUAUUAAUAUAUCAGAAAGAAUCAAACUUUAUUAAUUUAGAAGAUGAAAUAAGGAAUUAAAUAAAAUUUAAUUAAAAAUUGGCUGCAUUUGGGCGUUAUAAUCAUGAAGGAUAUGGAAAUCCAUUAAAAAAUUCAGUUAUUAUGAAAAUAAGUGAUGAAAAUAUAGUAUUAAAUUAAAUAUAGUCAUUUGAAAACAUAGAAGAUCUCUAAAAAUAUUAUGGAAAAUUAUUUGAAAGUCCUAAAACAGGUAGAUAUUAACUUCCAAUAAGAAUUUACUUCAAAAAAGGAGGUUACUUUUAAACAAUUAUUGAAUUGAAUGAUCAAAAAUAAACAAUAGGACAAGCAUUAAGCACAAAAUUGUAAGGAACGAGUUUUUUAUUCAAUGGAUUGCCAUUAAAAACUAAUAUUCCAGCUUUAAAUUUUUAUGAUUGGCUUUACUCAAUUGAUGGUUUUUGUUAUUUUGUUUGUGAAUGA